ACGAGCUAGUAGCAUGUGUUAGCCUGGUUUUAGCUCGUUUUCUGUCGUUUUAAAUCAGUUUUUUCUGUUUGACAGGAUGUCAAUUACAGCUGUGAAACGUCCCGGGGUUGGGGUCGGAGUGCUGAUCACAGACUCAACCCACCCAGGCUGUGUUCUCCUAGGGAAACGGAGAAGUGCAAUGGGCAAAGGGACGUACCAGCUCCCUGGUGGGCACCUGGAGUUUGGGGAGACGUGGGAGGAGUGCGCUCACAGAGAGGUGCUGGAGGAAGCAGGGGUGCAUUUGGGGAACGUCCGUUUUGCGUCGGUGGUGAACUCGGUCAGACUGGAGGAGCAGUACCACUACGUCACCAUAUUCAUGCAAGGAGUGCUAGACAGGAAGCAGUCAGGAGAGCCAGAGAACAUGGAACCGGAAAAAAACGAAGGCUGGACAUGGACAAAGUGGGACCAGUUUCCUCCUGAGGAGCAGCUCUUCCUGCCACUGGCUGGUCUGAGACAACAAGGCUUCCAGCCGUUCAAGAACUUAGAAACAAAGUGAAACUGUUGCACUUGGACACUUUCUUCCUCCUCAAAGGAUAAAACAGACAUACCUCUUUAAAGUGUGCAUCAGUGAUUGGUUUACUUAUGAUACAUACUGUAAUUUUUGCCAAUGAUAUAAAUUGU